GUCACGUGCCUAGAACGAGGAAAAGGAAGUAUUGAAUGAGACUUCAAAAAACCACGGCUGUUGCUAGCCACAUUUUUCUGAUUAAUCUUGAUGUUCAACAGGCUUCUGUAUAUAAAAAUAUAGGCUGUAUCACGAUGAGUUGUUGUGCACUGGGUGUCAUGUCACCCUUUAAUUUUAAGCGUUAGCUAAUGUCCGCGGCGACGGGUCGAAGAUUUUAGGAAUGAAACGCCUGUGCUAGAUAUCCAACUAAUUUCUCAGAAUAUCCAGGAAGUUAGCGCCCAACCCAACGAAGUUGUAUUUUUGACAGAAUGCGAUGGGGAACUGUUGGGCUUAUUGUUCUGGGAUCUUCAGAAGAGAAGCGAACAGGAUAAAACGAGGAGGCGGGUCAAAAUACUUUAGAAGCAGUACUGCUGGGGAACAUUACACAAUAGAGUUUGAAAACCUUGUUGAGAGUGACGAGGCAGAGAGCCCACAAAGCUGUCCCAGGCCUAUCAGAGAAGAUGAGAUCCUCCACCUCAAAGAGCACCGCUAUGCUGCAAUUUCCAAUCAACAGACCUUGAUAGACGAGAAGCUGCAAGCAGAGUUAUUGGCACAAGAGGAGAAGUUAAGGCUAGAAGAGGAGGCUAGAAAUGCUGCCCAGCGUGAGGCUGCCAGGCUGGCACGUGUUCGAAAGAUAAAGGAGCAUCAGCUUGCACAACGGACAAAAGGCAAGGCGGAAAUCAAAGGUGGCUCAGCCCAUUUGAAAAAGCAUGGCUCUGGUGAAGACUUUGACGUCUACCUGCAGAAUGUGAAAGCCACGUCGGAAGCCUUCAGGAGCAGCAGGCUGUCUUCUGAGACUAAUGUGAUCACUCCCAACACGGAGAGCAGCUGGGACUUCAACACCAAGACCCGCUCCACCAAUGAUGACGGAACCUCACUGGACCUGGAGUGGGAGGACGAGGAAGGGAUGAACCGGACGGUCACAGCGUGGGAGAGGUCUAAAACGGAGGAGGACAUACUCCGAGCGGCACUCCAGCCGGGCGAUAAGCAGGCGACCAGUGGUCCGGCCUCCGCUUCGGAGGACUCCAACGCCCUGGAGUGGGAGAACGACUUUGUGAGAGCGCACGCUGAGGAAAAUGCUGAGGAGAACGCAGAGGAUUCUGAAUACGAGUGCUUUGUCAACCCCAUCAUGGAUAUGGACACCCCAUCUGAGGAAACACCACCGCUAGAUAUUACCGCACCGGAGUCUGAGGAGAGAUAGUCCCCAUCGCCAGGGGUACCAGAGUCAAAGCCAAGCGUUAGUCCACCAGCCCAUUGCCUCACCCAAAAGGGAAAUUGAUUUACCACUACUCAAGACUUCUCUGUCUGCUUGCUCUGAAUGUUUGUGUCAUUUACCUGGGCAUGUCUGUCAAAGAGGCUCUGUACAUACAGGUCAGAUAAAGCUGUGCACAUGCCAGAUUUUCUCUGACCCAUCCUUUGUGUGAAAUAUUUGUUCAUUGGGAAUGUUUGAUGCUACACCUAACCUCAUUAGCGGUAUGCUUUCGAUUGUUGCCAUUGACUGGUGGGCCAAUUUUUUUGAUUUGACAAUCUUCUUGUAUGUUAAUGAUUGAGCCUUAGUUGGACUGACAUUUUCUUGGAAUCACGUCACCCAGUGCAUAUUUGACACAAGUGCAAUUUGCAUAUCAAGUUGGUGUGCGUACUUGUGAGUGGGCUACAGUGUCUUCACAGUUAAAAUUCACUGAUAGCAUAUAGGAACAAAUAUGAUCAAGGCAACAACUAUCACUACUUCUAUCAGUGCCUCAAUCACUAGAAAAUAAAACAGGCAAAUAAAUUGUUGAGCAGUUCGUCUAGUAGUUAGCUGACAAAGAUUGUCUUUUAGCAAGUGCGUAUUUUAAUCAGAGUGGAUCUCCAAGGAUCAUAGCUUGCCAGUUCCCUGGUAUGAAACAUGUAUAAAAACUCCUGAGUGGAGUAUAUCAUAUCAUGUAGCAACUUGUCUGUACAAAGUGGACAUGCAUUGUACUUGUAUUGAAGAAAUGCAAGCGCUAUCAUUGCUAUGUUGUCUUUCCUCAUUUCCAAUUAACAAGUGAGUCAUCAUGGACACAUACGACUACACUUGUUUUAUUGAUUUUAAACAAAACGUUGUUUGUCAGUUAAAUGCAGCUCAAGGUGCGAACAGGCCCGUGCGACAAAACAUUCUUAUUUGUGUUGUUUUAUAUGUCUUGAAGGUAAGCUACCUCCAACUUUUAUAAUUCCUUACUCCCCUGUGUACAAAUCUAAAGCCCACAGCAUAUGACUUUUCUUAUCUUUUUUUUUUUUUAAUGUUUAGGAGCAAUAUGUCAUAGUGAGGGACUCUAUGCAGAAGUUGUGAAUUGUUCAUUUUACGCUGAAGACCAACUGAUUACAAGAGCACAUGGCUAGACCUGCAUCUAUUGACUAAAUGGCACUGCCAAUAAGUAUGGCGGUACACCUUGGACUCCCAACUCUUCAAUCUCGCCUUCUGUUUUAGGACAAUCGUUAAGUUUUUUUUUCAAGAGAAGAAUGUAACCCUGCUCUCUGGACUUGGACAUGUAUAUGUUUUAACGCUAGUGAAAUGGUUGCCGUGAAGACACUGGGCUAGGAACAAUGAGGACAUGAAUGGUUUGGAGACUACAGUAUACUCCAGGUUUAGAAGGCUUCUAGAGAUGGACCAAUGUGUGGUAGCUGUCAUUUCUUUGUGUGCCCUAGCAAAUGGGGUUUUGUUUUCCCGCACAGCAAAAGGAGUCCCUCUCACCGCACCCUUUCAAUGUGGAUGUGAUGCUGAUGUUUGCUGAUGUGCCUACUUAGAAGACUAGCUUUAUUGUGCGGAGCACUGCAUCUCACCUUGAUUUUGCAAUUGUGAUAUUUGAGUGACAACAGCGAUUUCCCCCAUAGUGCACCACUACCUGGGGAAUCCAAUGUUGGCACCAUUUAUGUUGUUUCACCACAUUGAAAGUGAAUUAGACUUUUCUUUAAUUAUUUGCACUGUCUAUAGCUUUACCAACCUAGAAACACAAGCCAUUUGUCUUUAGCAAUUAAAGUGUAAUUAUGAUUGUGGUGAAGAAUUACCACAGCUGCACAAUUGGCCCAACUUUUUCAGAGAUCCCUCUAUUUGGCUUGCAUCAUAACUCAAUUUUGAAUAUAUUGUCCACAUAAAGUGUACAGACUGUAAUGAUGGGAGAGAUUGUAUUGCAGUUUUACCUAUGCACUGUUUGACUUACUUGAAACUAGUGUGUCCAAACAAUGACUGGUUUGUUUUCGAACCGGCACCGUCCAACACUUAACUUCUAAAAAUGUUGGACAAACAAAAUGGUUUGGCAAGAAUUGGCAUGGUGUUAACGGGUUGGACACAGUACAUUACGGGUGCAAUCACAAGGAUGGAUUGAACCUCUGUGUGCAUUCAUUCGUAUCAUUCCACUGAUUUAGAAAUGUUUUUAUUUGUUACUAAGAAUAAUGUAAAGGAAUUUCAGAAAUGGGCCAGUUUUAUUUGGUUAUGUUUACUGGGAAAUAGUACAGAAUGUGGUGUGACAACUCUUAACUUUUUCUAUGAGUCUACUGAUUUAUUUGAGAUCCAAGCAUGUCUAAACUCUGAAUUGGAUGCAAUAUAGGAUUUGAUGAGGUCUGUUUCACACAUGAUUCCCAGGUUUGGAUUACACCCAGAGUCAUGAUCCCUAAUGAUUUGAAUUCUAUUGCAAACAGAAUGUUCUGUUAAUACUGUACAACAGUAUUUUGAGUUUAAGUGCAACUAAAAUAAACCCUAAAAACGUUUUAAUCUGUGAUCAUUUGAGUUGUCAAAUGGCUUAAUGCAGAAUGAUAUAUACACAGUGCAGUUUGUGUAUAAUUAAAUAAACACAAAAUCCCCAAAUUC